AGCCGAGACUUUGCGAGGCGUUAGGGAUUUGCGCAUUGUCGAUCGAUAGUGACAACUCUAGACGGCCCACCGCGACGACGCCGCGUAAAAUAUUUUUGUUUUCCCGCAUUCGUUGAAAAACCGCGGCAAUUGUUUGUUUUUAUGUGUGGUGCGCGUCCUAGGCAAAUGCAACCGAGUCCGCGACUUCAAGUGCUGAACGCCUAACGCCGCCGAAAACAGAAAAUAACAGUAAUGCGAAAGACCCGCUCGCAGACGGCUCGCACGCAGGCGGAAAAUGCCGCAACAUCUUCGAGCCCCGGGCACCAAUCGACAUCGUCAGCGCCAAUAGCAGUUAAUCCCUUUGAUGCGAGCAAGUACAAGGAAUGUGAGCAAAUGGUGCAGAUGCUUCGAGUGGUCGAGCUGCAAAAAAUCCUGUCGUUUCUGAACAUCUCAUUCGCUGGACGAAAAACCGACCUGCAGAGCCGCAUCCUCUCGUUCUUGCGCACCAACUUGGAUCUGCUCGCCCCAAAGGUCCAGGAAGUGUACGCCCAGUCCGUGCAGGAACAAAACGCCACGCUGCAGUACAUCGACCCAACCAGGAUGUACUCUCACAUCCAGCUGCCGCCCACAGUGCAGCCCAAUCCGGUGGGACUUGUGGGCAGCGGCCAAGGCGUGCAGGUGCCCGGCGGCCAGAUGAAUGUGGUCGGCGGCGCACCCUUCAUUCACACACACAGCAUUAACAGCCAGCUGCCCAUUCACCCUGAUGUGAGGCUGAAAAAGCUAGCCUUCUACGAUGUACUCGGGACACUGAUCAAGCCUUCAACACUGGUGCCACGCAACACUCAGCGCGUCCAAGAGGUGCCUUUCUACUUCACACUUACGCCGCAGCAGGCCACCGAGAUUGCCUCUAAUCGUGACAUCCGCAACAGCUCCAAGGUGGAACACGCCAUUCAGGUGCAACUGCGCUUUUGUCUGGUGGAGACUUCGUGCGACCAGGAGGACUGCUUCCCGCCGAACGUUAACGUUAAGGUGAACAACAAGCUGUGUCAGCUGCCUAAUGUCAUUCCUACAAACCGACCAAAUGUGGAACCCAAGCGUCCGCCGCGACCCGUCAAUGUCACAUCCAAUGUAAAGCUGUCGCCUACCGUUACCAACACCAUCAUGGUGCAAUGGUGUCCGGACUACACGCGUAGCUACUGCCUGGCCGUUUACCUGGUAAAGAAGCUCACCUCAGCACAGCUUUUGCAGCGAAUGAAGACCAAGGGCGUAAAACCGGCAGAUUACACGCGUGGCCUGAUCAAGGAGAAGCUAACUGAGGAUGCUGACUGCGAAAUAGCCACCACUAUGCUGAAGGUGUCGCUUAACUGUCCGUUGGGAAAGAUGAAAAUGCUGCUGCCUUGUCGAGCAUCAACCUGCUCGCAUCUGCAAUGCUUCGACGCCAGUCUCUACCUGCAAAUGAAUGAGCGUAAGCCCACAUGGAACUGCCCCGUAUGCGACAAGCCGGCCAUUUAUGACAACCUGGUCAUAGAUGGCUACUUCCAGGAGGUGUUGGGUUCGUCGCUUCUAAAGAGUGAUGAUACUGAGAUUCAACUUCAUCAGGAUGGAUCUUGGAGCACUCCUGGCCUACGGAGCGAGGCGCAGAUCCUUGAUACGCCUUCAAAGCCCGUUCAAAAGGUUGAGGUUAUUUCAGAUGACAUAGAACUUAUCUCGGACGACGCCAAGCCAGUAAAGAGCGAUUUGUCCCCAGCACCGGACGAGCAGCCAACAUCCACGUCAAACAGCGAAACUGUUGACCUAACGUUAAGCGAUUCAGACGACGACAUGCCGCUGGCUAAGCGUCGUCCGCCUGCCAAGCAAGCCGUCGCCAGCUCCACGUCGAACGGUAGCGGUGGCGGCCAACGUGCCUACACUCCGGCACAGCAGCCCCAGCAAUCCGGUGGUAAUGUUUUUAAGAAACCUCAAAAAGCGGAGGAGCUUUACAAGCGUGUUCAUUUAGGAGUUUGGCUGCGCUCACGGUAUGUUUUCCGUCGAUCAAUCGUGAGAUGGUUCGGGUUUGGAAAAAGAAUCCCAUACUUAAUCAGAACAUUCUUACAGAAAACCCAAGCCAGACAGCUCAAGGCGCCCAAACGUCGGCUAAGCAAAGUUUAUAGAAUAUUUUUCUAUGUAUAACCAUUUGUCCUAUUUUCAUUUGCUAUGUAUUUUGUGUUGUCACCGAUUCUAAAUUAUUCCACAAAAUGUACUCUUAUUUUAAGUGAUAAUUUUAAUAAAUCAUGCCAGUUCGUUAGUGAAGGUUUUGUUGAGAGCCUCUUUUCCGAUUGUUGUUCUGUUAACCACAAGGUUAUAUGAUGAUAAUAACUGAAAUAAUUGAAGUAACUUGUGCAUUUCUUUGUCUUUUUUCUUUCUCUCUCUUUCUCUUCUUCCCCUGAUCUUUUUGUGUGGCCCGUCCAUGCUGCCGCCGAUGCAACUCGUAGAAUCCCCAGAACAUCAGGCCCGUCGCCAAUCGACAGAGAAGCAGCCAGUCUCAGACCAGCAACUGCAGCAGCAACAGCACGAGCAGCCAGCGGCGGCAGCCGUCCAUGCCUCCCUACUGGAAUCCCUGGCUGCUGCGGUCGCGGAUCAAAAGCACUUCCAACUGUUGGAUCUUGCUGCGGUUGCGGCUGCUGCAGCUGCCACGGCGUCCUCCGGCCAGAGCCAAAAUGCCGGCCAGUAGGCAGCACCCACAUCCCACACAUUAAUCGCACACCUCACGGCUCGCACCUCACUGUUAUGGUCCCUGAUUCGGCCUCCCUAGUUUCUGUUUUCCGUUCCUCUUCUGGUGGCGCAUGGCCAAUAUAUUACCUCAGAGGCUAUUCUUCGGCGUUCCAUUCGCAGUCACCUCAUUAUGCAUACUCUCUCAAUGGCGACCCACCAACUGAUGCUUGUAAUUCUUGUGUUCCAGGACGCAGGCAGAACAGACAGGUUUUAUAGGAGAGGGUGCCCUGCUCCCGAGUGAAUCCAAGUGUUCCCACAUCGGCCACAUUGUUGCUGCCCCUUUUCAGUUGGUUCACCUCAAACACUUCGCUUAUGUCCCGUGUCUUUCAUUCGUGACCUCUCGAGUAGUUGUGUUACGCUUUGCCAGGGCUUUCAGCAACACACACCACACACCAACUGAAAUAAUCCUAGAUAUUACAAUUACACAAACUAGCACCAGCAUUAAUUAGCAAUUACUAUAGGAAACGCAAAUAAUUUAUUUUCUAUUGAAGCGGUCUGCGCAAUGAUCACAGAGGAGCCCGAAGAAAUUAAUAGCCCUAUGCACUACUAACACUAAAACUAAGACUAAGCGUACAUCUAAAUCAGAUGUUAGUCAGAAGUCCUGCCCACGCGAGUUGGACCUAUUCCUAUACCCAAACUCGGAGCGAGAGGAAACAGGCCAGACGGCGGCCAGUUGCGGCACCGACAUUUAAGUUAGUUAAGUUAUUUAAUUUAAACUAUGGCUUCUGUACGGAUUGGAGGCGGUGUUGUGUGAAGUGGAGUUCGAGGGUGCUGCUCUCCUCGCAUUUAAAUUACGUUGCAAGGCAGGGCGGAAUCGCAGAAAAGGUCCAUAAUAUUGGAAGAAAACGAAGGCGUUUUUAUCAAUAAAAAUCGAGUGUAAACGACGGAUUAGGUAUGUUAUGUCGUCCCUGAUAAGGCCCCUGAUCUUUGUUGGUGUAUUUAAGCUCAAACCGUACCACCACGGAUUUAUAUGUUAAGAUUUUAAAUUGAAAAUGCUUUGACUAUGAUUCGAUGCAAACCCCUCUAAAUAUCUGAACGAACAAAUAUGAAAUCAAUGUACAAGGAGAUGUGUACUUUAACUAUAUUAUUAAACAAUUUUCAACCAA